AUGAUUGAUGACGAAGAGCUCCCGCGCCACCCGCUACGGCUCGUCCCCUGGGACAGCAGUACGAUGGACGAUGGUAAAGUCUUGACUGACCCCGAAGGCGUGGCGAUGGCAACAGCGUUUAUGAAAAAGUCACGGGAAAAGUGGGAGGCGGGGAAGUCGCUUCGGUCUGCGCCAGUACUGGACGAUCUCGAGCGAGUGGCACGGGAGAUCAAGGAGAAGGCCAGCUUGUCAGGUGGCUCGGACAGCUUCAGCAGUUUUAUUGGCUCCGACUCAGAGUCGCAGACGGCAUUUCGAAUACGUUCCCAGCAGUCGUGGCGCAAACAGCGCCAGUCGUUGAUGGAUGAAGCUGCAAAAAUAGGCGGAGCAGAAGGGUUCAUGCAAGCAGAGAUUGACGGUAUGGAAUCGAGUCUGGCAGAAAAGUUGCUGCAGAGAGGCUACGGAUUGGACUCUAGUCCGACUAAAGAGAGCGUAGGGAACUGGAGUGACCUAGUAGCAGCUCGAAUGACGAUAAAAGCGACGGAAUUGUGCUGCCUCAAGCGUCUCAUGAUGCGUUCAGAGAUCGGUUGGUGGAGUUUUACACCAAGUACAACCCCGACAAGUUAA